AUGACGCCUCAACUCGUUUUCCAGCUGAGCGGCACUUGCAAUCACUACCCCUGGGGCAAAAAGGGGAAGCAGUCUUUAGCAGCACAGUUGUGUGCGCAGACCCCCGGAACUGAUUUCCAUAUCAAAGAUGACGAGUUCUAUUCGGAAAUGUGGUUUGGUGAUUACCCAGAUUUCCCUGCUCGCAAGCUGGAUACCGGCGAACCGCUGGCCGACGUGCUCCAGCAGAACAAAGAGCAACUUCUGGGGAAGAAAGUCAUCGAACAACUCGGUGGACAGCUACCUUAUUUGCCCAAGAUCCUAUCAAUAGCAAAGGCUCUUCCGUUGCAGAUUCAUCCCAACAAGGAACUCGCCAAAAAGCUUCACGAAAAGGAUCCGAACAACUUCACGGAUCCAAAUCACAAACCUGAAAUCGCAGUGGCGCUGUCCAAGUUCGAGGUAUUCGCCGGGUUCAAGCCGCUUGACCAAAUAGCGCCCCUUUUUCAAUUACAGCCGCUUCGGCAGUUCAAUCCGGACCAGCCAGAAAAAUGGACGGAUGAGACUCUACGAACCGUCACCAGGAAUCUGCUCAAGUCCGACCUUGAGACGGUCAAGACAAUCCAGACAGAGCUCGCAAAGAUCCCGAGAGAUCAACUAGGCGAUGCAGCCUAUAUCCUAGACCUACUUCCCCGUCUUCAAGACCAGUACGGCCCAGAAGACGCAGGAAGCUUAGUCGCGCUUCUGUGCAUGAACUACAUGGUCCUCAACCCCGGAGACGCGAUAUGGAUUCCUGCGGACGGCAUCCACGCAUAUCUAGCCGGCGACAUCGUCGAGUGCAUGGCGCGGAGCAACAACGUGCUCAACGCCGGCUUCUGUCCGCCCGGCGACCGCAACAACGCCGACCUGUUCGCGGAUACCCUAACCUUCAAGGCCCAUAGCAGGGACGACGUGUACCUCCCUAGCCAGAAGUCGGACAAAAGCAGCAAGGGGAAGACGGUGGCGUACAGGCCGCCCAUAAGCGAAUUCGACAUGCUCAAGAUGGACCUGGGCGCCGGCGAGAGCGAGGAGCUUGCCGCGAGCGACGGGCCCGGCGUUAUGAUUGUGACUGCUGGAAAUGGGGUGAUGCAUGCCGACGGUGCGGAUCAUCAUCUUAAGGAGGGAUUCAUCUUCUUCGUUGCGCCGGGCGUCCCGAUUAAACUGGAGAGCCAACAUGGGAUACAGAUCCACAUGGCUGUCGUAUGA